ACCAACCUUACUAACGCAUGGCAACCAAUGUGGUAUAAUUGAGCGUUUGGUCUCUCGAGAACUUCUUCAAAAUCCUUUUCCAGCACUUGUGGUUACCAUCGCGCACAUGUCUUCUAACAUUACUGGGGCUUACUGGAAGUGGCAAGACUACGGAAGAGAAGAUCUCAAGACCGAUCCGAUGGAGCCUUGUACCCAGGAAAUACAAUCUUACCCUGCGACAAUCAACGGGCAGCAAGUAACUCUCAUCGAUACUCCCGGACUACGGGCGGAGAGGGACCACGACAAUGAG